AUGAAUGGGACUGUUCACAUUAGCUUACCUAUUCGGAUUGUUAUUACAAAUGAAGGAAUAUUUGGCAUAAUAUUAAAUAUUACCGCCAUCACUGUUGUAUUCACUUCACAGUUUGGUUCAAAAUUUACUACAUUUGUUUUUAGAGCACAACCAAUAUUUGAUUUGAGUGCAUGUCUCUCAACAGCAAUGUACUACUUGGCUGAAUCUAUGUCACUUUCCAAUAACGGAACUGGAAUAUAUAUUAUUGAUGCCAUAAUUUGUCAUCUUUGGUUUAGAAAUGGAUUAUUCUGGUUGCCAUGUGUCUUAAUUGUGCAAAAUCUAGUUUGUAUAUCUUUGGAUCGAGUUAGUUCUGUCCUAUUUCUUGGAUCACUCAAAGCGUAUACGAACAUAUACUUUUUUGUAUACUUUGUUUACAUGCUCAGUAUGUUUUUAAUUUUGUACAUACCUACACCACUUCUUCGUCGUUAUACUGAUGGCCGAUGUGUUAUGGAUUUUUCAUUCCCUUGGAUUCAGACGAAAGUAUUUCUUGAUUAUAUUGUGUAUUCAUGGGUUGUGUUUUCUUAUUUUGUUCCAGUUUUAGUCACAUUAAUUAGCCAUGCGUGGAUCAUACGUGUAUUAAAAACGCCUAGGUCUUCUCAUCGUAAUUGCGCAACACAAAAUUUUGAAGCUACUUUACAAAUACAGAGGAAAAUUACUCAGUUAGUGAUUACAACAGCAAUAAUGUCAUGUCAACAAGCUAUAUUACACUCAUUUGAAUGCAUAGUUCAAAUAUUAAUCACAACAGAAGUCGUGGCGUAUACUUAUGGUACUACAUUUGAACAGAUGAGCACAUGUCUUAUGUUAUUGGGAUGUAUGUUAAAUCCAUGUAUUCUCAUUUUCAGUACAGCUCCUUUGAGAAAACGUUUAUUAUCAUCAGUUAAAAGUGUCACAGAGAAAAUUAGCAGCAUCGGAGGAGUAGGAAAACACACAGAAUCAAUAAUGCAAUGA